GUUGGAUGCUGUCCACUUUUGGAUGUGGUGAGUCGGGCGAAAAGGAUUGCGUUCGUUUCACAGACCCUUGAGCUGGCACAACGCACCACUGUGGUUGGGGACGCGCGAAACAGUGAUGACGACUUGAACCAGGAGAAUAAUCCUAUUCUUAAGCGGCAAGUUGAGACCAUCCGUAACCUCGUUCAGUCCUACAUGAAAAUUGUCAGCAAAACUCAACUCGAUCUUGUGCCCAAGAUCACGAUGCAUCUUCUCAUUGACGAUGUGAAGAAUUUCAUGAAGACUGACCUCCUUCCAACUCUGUAUGCGCUAGAUACGAGCCGUUUGAUGGAGGAGUCGCAGGAGGAGAAACGACGGAAGCAAGACAUGGUGACGAUGUACAACACCAUGAAGGAGGCCCUCAACAUCAUAGCCGACGUCACCACCCACACGGUGACUACUCCUGUGCCGCCGCCUAUCACCAAUGACUGGAGGGAGUCAGACGCAGCUGGCGGUGGGUCUCCGCGCACAAGCAACAGCGGCCCCUCUCGGCCCAAUAUCGUGCCCAAUCGAAACAGUCCUUCCCUCCCUGCAAUGGGACCCGGGGGAGGCCACCUUGCUCCGCAGGCACGCAAUGCGCCCCCUGCUCCCCCGCCGUCUCGUCCCUCCAACUCCUCUGCCCCGCCUCCGCCUCUCGUGCCAGCACUGCGUUCAAAUCCGCUCUUGCGUGGUCAAUCAGCACUGACGUGGCAGGCGUCCACCCUGGCGAUUUGUAUUUUCUGCAAGCAACGCAAAGUUGUUUACGUCGUGGGUCGUUAUCGUUCUCACAUGUCCCAAGACACUGUUAACAGUCACCUUAUGCCCAUGUUUACCCUAAUCGCUAACCGAUCACCCUGUCUUUUAUUAUCACCCCUCCAUCUCCCACCGCGCACUAUUCCCUCCUCUCCGCCCGGCAAACUUGAUUGCACUGCCAGUCGCACAGCCCCCCUAAUUCCCCAACCCGCGGUGCACCCCAGUAAUUCAGCUGGUGAUCUGUUUGCUCCUCUAAGCAGUAAUAGCAAAACCACAGCAAACGCAUCUUCAACACCUACCGUCUCUUGGAACAGCAAUCCCACCCUCAAAAUGUUUGAUCCCAUCGCCUCGUCGACGUCAGCAUCGACCGCCACUAACAACGGAGCUGCCUCUGCUUCUGCUGGUUUAUCGACAAGGGCACUUGCGUCCCUGUUUGAGAACCGCAUGGCGACUCCGUCUGGCCCACCCAUUCCACCUCGACCGUAA